AAAAACAAUUAAAAAGUAUACCAUCCACUCAAAUAUUAUCAUCUUAUUAUCUUAAGACCCUUGAGUGGUUUUCCCUAUUAAUGUAUUACUAUAUGUAAUGGGUGUACGUUGUACGUUGAGUGGAUGGUAUACUACUAAAUGAUGGUGUACGUUGUAACCUUAAAAAUUACUAUUAUAGGGACAACAACUUCAAUCUCAUAACUUCUACAAAACAGCUGUGAAUAAUGUCUCCCAUAUCAAAUCUCUUCGCUGGCAACACAAUCAAUCUCACUCCUUACGCAAUUCUCAUUCUCAUUGCUAUCUUCUCGAUACUAUGGUACCUCUUCAAACGCUCGCCGCAACCGCAUCUACCCCCUGGACCGCGAGGGCUACCUAUUGUCGGAAACCUUCCCUUUCUUGACCCGGACCUUCACACCUACUUCACAAAACUUGCUGAAAGUUAUGGUCCAAUCUUCAAACUCAAUCUUGGCUCAAAACUAACUGUCGUGGUCAACACUCCAUCGCUGGCUCGAGAGAUCUUGAAAGAUCAAGAUAUCAAUUUCUCAAACCAUGACGUCCCUCUCACAGCCCGAGCCGUUACCUAUGGCGGUCUCGACCUUGUCUGGUUACCAUACGGUGCUGAAUGGAGGAUGCUUAGGAAAGUUUGCGUUCUUAAGCUUCUUAGCCACAGAACGUUGAAUUCUUUCUACGAGCUUCGACGUAAAGAAAUCCGGGAAAGAACGAGAUAUUUGUACCAGAAAGGUCAAGAAGAAUCACCGGUGAAUGUUGGAGAACAGGUCUUUUUGACGAUGAUGAAUCUAACUAUGAAUAUGUUAUGGGGAGGUUCUGUGAAAGCAGAGGAAAUGGAGAGUGUUGGAACAGAGUUUAAAGAAGUGAUUUCUGAAAUUACUAGGCUUUUGGGAGAGCCUAAUGUUUCUGACUUUUUCCCACGGUUAGCGAGAUUCGAUCUUCAAGGACUUGUGAAGAAGAUGCAUGUGUGUGCUCGGGAGCUCGAUGCCAUACUUGAUCGAGCCAUCGAGCAGAUGCAACUACUAAGAACUAGGGAUGGUGAUGAUGGUGAAUGUAAAGACUUUUUGCAACAUUUGAUGAAGUUAAAGGACCAAGAAGCUGACUCGGAGGUUCCCAUUACGGUUAACCAUGUCAAAGCCGUACUCGUGGAUUUGGUGGUUGGUGGUACGGAUACAUCGACCAACACAAUAGAGUUUGCAAUGGCCGAACUAAUAAGAAAGCCGGAGUUGAUGAAGAGAGCACAACAAGAGCUAGACGAAGUUGUAGGCAAAGAUAACAUUAUUGAAGAAUCACACAUCACUAGAUUGCCUUUCAUAUCAGCCAUAAUGAAAGAAACACUUAGACUUUAUCCAACCAUUCCCCUGCUAGUCCCUCACCGUCCGUCUGAAACCGCGCUGGUCGGCGGCUACACCAUCCCAAAAAACACUAAGAUCUUCAUCAAUGUUUGGUCUAUCCAGAGAGACCCAAAUGUGUGGGAGUAUCCGACUGAGUUUCGUCCCGAGAGGUUUCUUGAUAAGAAGUCUUGUGAUUUCACUGGAACUGAUUAUAGCUAUCUUCCGUUUGGAUCUGGCAGGAGAAUUUGCGCAGGUAUAGCACUCGCCGAGAGGAUGAUUUUGUACACUCUCGCGACGCUAUUGCAUUCGUUUGAUUGGAAGAUACCGGAAGGCCACAUUUUGGAUUUGAAAGAGAAGUUUGGGAUUGUCUUGAAGCUCAAGUCCCCUCUUGUUGCCUUGCCCGUUCCGAGGUUGUCCAAUUCGAAUCUUUAUUUAUAAACGCUAUACUCGUUACUUUUCCUUAAAAAAAGGAAAAAGAUUUUUAUAUUGAACAUUUUUAUGAUAGACAAAAAUAACGCCUGGUUUUAUUUAGUUUUUUCUUUUCUGAAGUUUUUAAUCAUCAUAUAAGUUAGUAAUGAGAAUCAUACAUCGGUUUCUAUAAACAGCAAAAUUAUCAGUUUUAUCGUAUUUCAGUUUUGUUCUAUCUAGAUAACUCACAGGAAGCGUGGACCGUGUCAUAAUGGAAGAUUUCUUAUUUUUUUUUUAAUUAUUAAUAUUAUAAUGGAUAAUGAAUAAGAUAUGGCAUGUGGCAUAUGUGGUAGACGUGCAAGAAUCUUAGAUUAAUUUCUUCUAGUUAUUUUGUACUAUCAACAAAAUAUAGUAUAAGAAAAUUAUAUCUUUGUAAAACGUAGAUCUGAUUAGUAAUAUAAAGCUUUAUGCAAAUUUGUAAAAAGGAGUUAUAUGAAAAAGCUCUAUAAUAAAGCUGAAAAUAAAAAAAAAUUAUAACGUUUUUGAUAAAGUUUUUGUAAAUGAUAAUUGUCAAAAUUGUAUAAAUUAUACCGCUUUGAUAAUGAGUUAUCAUUAAAACCGUAGUUUAAUUACCAAACUCAAAUUUCCUUGCAAAGCUGUUAUGAAAUAUAUUUUUCCCAAAUCCAACAGAAAUCUACGAUGGAGGAAGUGCAGGAAAAGCUUAUAGAAGUUUGUGAUAUAAACAGUUUUUUUAUAGCAGAUACCUCACCUUUCUAAACGGUUUUCAGGGCUAAGACCAGGAACCAUACAAUAUUUUCUUAGAAUCUGAAGUAUUUCUUGUCCAAGGAAUUGAUGAUAUUUUUUACUUGUUGGCAUGGUUAGAGAUUUGCUACACGUUCACUACAUAUAUGACAAGCAUGGGGGUGACCAAAAGUUUUGACAGUUGUAAAUUUAUUCCUAAAAAAACGGAUGUUCAUUUGGAGAUAUAUUAGGAGGAUACCCGUUUAUAGCUAUUUGUUAUUAAACCUUAAUCUAUUGGGGAUUCAUUGAGCCCAAUGCCCAUACAUGAAGAAGAAUCCCAAAUAUAAUAUAAGUUUAACGAGCACAUUAUUAGGAGUUUCAUCAUAGAGAUUCACGUAAAGUUUUAUUGUAAAAAAAAAGAGAUUCACGUAAAAUAGUGGAAGACAUAA